UACUUACUGUUCUGGCUUAACAUUCGUGUCGACCAAUCACCAGACUGCACUAACGAUGACGUCGUACGGUGGACCGCGAAUCGCGUUGCAUUUGUCGCCCGUAGUAUUUAAGUUCUAUGUUAAUUUUUUAUUCGGCCAUUACAUUCUUUGCUCUCACGCAACCAACAUCUUUCAUUCAUCACUCCAAAACCUCAAACCUCAUCAUCCAUCAGCUUGCUUACGAAAGCCACUCACCGCUGCUGCUACAUUUUGAUCCUUCGACACCGCAUACUAAUUUGGACGACGCCGUAUCCUGCUUUUUGGCCUAUACAUUCGCCAAACCGCUACAAGAUCGUCGAGCGACCUUUGGACCGUGGACCCCUGCACGUGGCGGAUCGAGUUGAAAACGCUGUAAUCGGGACAAGAUUUGAGGAAAUAAGCUGCCUGACGGACAACUGGGGCCCAAAGAACUAUUUGGAGGCCAAGCGCAUAUCGGAACUGCAGUUUUGGUGGAAUUUCAUCGAUCAUCACACGCAAUCGGUGGGGCCAAUCCUUACUCUUUUCCUUCACCUCCUAAUCUAUUGGUGCUAUACUGUGUCUGUAUUCUAAUUUCAGUGGAAUUACUGCAGUGUAUUCUCGGAAUAUCGUGAUUUCCGUCGAAGUCUAUUACUACCUGGUGACGUUGCUUGCAUCAGUAUCGUGACUCGAGAAACCGUGAGUACUCCUCUUUUCACUGACCACCAAAAUGUCCACUGAAUCUGCCAAAUCUCGUGAUAAAUCUCCCAUGUUACUUAGUGUAGAAAGUGCUGAUUUAGUUCGCGAAUUGGUUAGGAAACGUGGAAUAGUAAAGGGCAGACUUACUAAAUUCAAUAAUCAUUUAGAAUCUUUAUUAAAAGAUGAUGACAUCUCAAGUAAAAAACGCAUCGAUUUAAAGCUGAGGAUUCAAGCAUGUGCUAGUUUACUUGCUGAAUUUAACCACAUCCAAACUAAAAUAGAAGAAAGAGUAGCAGAUAGUGAGUUAGAUGCGCAAUUAACGCAACGUGAAAUAUUUGAAGAUGAUUACUACGACUCAAUAGCACGUGCUGAGUCUAUCCUGAACGUUGAUGAGUUCGCUGACUGCUCCGGGUCGUGUCGAAAUCAUAGUCAUAAUAGCAAUCAUAACCCUAGUUCAGUUAAAUUACCUGUUAUUUCUAUGCCUACGUUUGACGGUUCAUAUGAGCACUGGCUUGAGUUCAGAGAUACAUUUACUUCGCUUAUUCACGAUUCCAAAGAUAUUUCUACCAUUCAAAAGUUUCACUAUCUCAAAUCUUCACUAAAAGGUGAUGCAGAACUAGUUAUACAUUCAAUAGAAUUUUCUGCUAAAAAUUAUCAAGUUGCGUGGGACUUAUUACUCAAUCGAUACAAUAAUUCCGAUCUAUUAAUUGAUAAUCAUCUUGAUGCUUUGUUUUCUAUACCUCCAAUAACUAAAGAGUCCCCUUCGUUAAUUCGAAAACUAAUUGAUAAUGUGUUAAAAAAUAUACGUGCAUUAGUUAUCCUAGGGGAACCUGCUGACACUUGGGACACACUGACUAUUUAUCUUAUCGUUUCCAAGUUAGAUAAAGUUACCAAACGAGAAUGGCAAGCUCAUAAAUUUAGAUUAUCACAACUGAAUGAAAACAAUUCUAAGUCGCGAUUAACGCUUAGUGACAUUAUUGGUUUUCUUCGUAACACAGCAGACGUACUGGAUUCAUUGCAGCGUUCACAUGGCAAAGACGUACAUAACACUGAGAAUAAAAAACAACACAAAAAAUCUCACAACACGUCACACUGCAAUGUUUCCAGCGAGCCUGACAAAACGAACGAUAACCGUUCUAAAUCUUGUUUAAAAUGUAACGCGAAUCAUCGUAUAUACAAGUGCAAAAAGUUUAUCGAAAGUAAUUUAGACAGUAAACUUAAACUUGUACGCGAUCACAACUUAUGUGAGAAUUGUUUAAAUUCAGGGCACUUGGUAACUGAGUGUAAGUUUGGGCCUUGUAGACAUUGUAGCCAAAAACAUAACUCGUUGUUGCAUAAUGCUAAUAGUUCGGUCGCAUGCCAUACGUCGACAAACACUGAGGCGAGUACGAGUGGUGCACCGGCGCAUCUCCCCGCGCCCGCACCUAUUGCCGCGGACUCCGCCCUCUCAAUUCAAGUAAACAAAGCACACAUGCAAACGGAAUCUACAAAGUCCAUAGGUGUGCAAUCCGUGUUAUUAUCAACUGCUAUUGUUGAAGUAGCCGAUGCACAUGGCACAUACCAUAAAGCGCGAGCCCUCCUAGACAAUGGCAGCCAGCGCUGUUUUAUUUCUAAAUCAUUAUGUCAAUUACUUAAUUCACCACUUAUACAGUCCACUAACGAAGUUCGCGGCGUAGGUGACUCGGUAGUACAUUGUACGCAAGCUUGUGAUAUCGUUGUAAAAUCCUGCGUCAAUAAUUCAUUUUCUACACGCAUUCAUUGUUUUGUUUUGUCUAGGAUCACGGCAUCGAUGCCUGCCGUAUGUAAAUUAAGUGCAAAUAUCUGUAUUCCAGAUAACAUACAGCUGGCUGAUCCACAAUUUUUAGACUACAAAACUAUAGAUAUUUUAAUUGGUGCUGAUAGGUUUUGGGACCUGUUAGAAGACGGAAAAAUUCGUUUGUCUAGUGGACCGUUUCUACAGAACACCAAAUUUGGCUGGAUCAUUUCUGGACCUAUCGCUAUUCAAACGCGUAAAAAGGCACCAAUUCAUUGCAAUAUUGUAAAUUCACUAGAUACGCAACUUCGUCUGUUUUGGGAGAUUGAGGACCUACCCAAGGUCAGAGACGUGCAGACUGACGAAGAACGGGAAUGCGAGGAUCACUUCGUUCGCACUACUACUCGCGGUAGUGACGGGAGAUUCUGUGUGCACAUUCCAUUCCGUCAGUCACCUGAAUCCUUGGGAGACUCUUAUACCCAGGCAGAGCGUCGAUUUCUAGCCUUAGAAAAACGCUUGCAGCGUUCAUCAGACUAUAAAAGUCUUUACUCCAAUUUUAUGCAGGAGUACCUCAGCUUAGGCCAUAUGACACAGGUAGAUUCCUACGAAUCCCCGUGUUAUUUUAUGCCACAUCAUGGUGUGUUCCGCGAGCUCAGCACCACCACCAAGUUGCGCGUGGUGUUUGAUGCAAGCGCACCGUCAAGCUCCGGUAAGUCCCUGAAUGAUUUGCAGCUGGUUGGCCCUCCUAUACAGGGUGAUCUCAUUGCCAUUCUUCUCCGCUUUCGGCAGCAUAAAUACGUUGCGUGCGCCGACGUGGAGAAGAUGUACCGGCAGUGCCUAGUAGACGAGGGUCAGCGUAGCUUGCAGAUGAUUCUGUGGCGUGACCAUCCGUCGAAGCCUUUAGGUAUUUUUAAAUUAAAUACCGUGACGUACGGAACCGCCUCCGCGCCUUUUCUUAGCGUUAGGUGCCUAAAACAAUUAGCUAAUGAAUCUCCUGAUGCUGACGUUGCUCGAGCCAUAAGGGAAGACUUUUAUGUUGAUGAUUUUAUAACGGGUUCGGAUAAUAAAUUACUGUUACUUGAUUUAUGUGACAAAACUCAGAAAACGUUGCAGUUAGGCUGUUUCCCACUCAGGAAAUGGAUAUAUAAUUUUAGGCGUGAUGAUGGUAGUCGUUCAUCUAGUCAGUUUAAACCGUUAAGUUUAGAUGAUAAUAUCAGUUCUAAAACGUUAGGUAUAGGCUGGCACAAUCUAAGUGAUAACUUUUAUUUUAACACACAAAUUCAAAUUGAUAAUGAUAAACCGAUUAGUAAAAGGUCUAUUUUAUCUAAAGUUUCACAAAUAUUUGACCCACUCGGUUUGUUAAGUCCCGUUAUAAUAGUUGUCAAAGUUCUUUUGCAACAAUUAUGGCUGCAAAAAAUAGGUUGGGAUGAUAACGUGCCUGAUAGCACGGCGCGCGUAUGGAACCGGUUUGUUAUUUCAUUACAAGCGCUUAACACUAUUCGCAUUCCUCGCCAUGUUAUAGGUGCGCAUCCUAAGUAUAUCGAACUUCAUGUUUUUAGUGACGCGUCUCAGACAGCGUACGGCGCGUGUAUUUAUAUUCGCACAGUUAAUUAUGAUCUAACAGUAACGGUUAGGUUAUUAUUUUCUAAAUCCAAGGUUGCGCCGUUAAAGCCUAUAAGCAUCCCUCGGCUCGAACUGUGUGGGGCUUUAUUAGGCGCUCGUCUGUAUGACAAAGUGCGCGAUGCACUACGUUGCAGUCUUAGUAAAAUCGUAUUUUGGACGGAUUCCACGAUCGUCUUAGGCUGGCUACACAUGAGGCCGAACCAGCUUAAGACGUUCGUUCAAAAUAGGGUCGCGGAAAUUCAUGACCUUACAUUAGAGGUCCCAUGGCGUCAUGUCAGGAGUGAAAAUAAUCCUGCUGACCUGGCGUCGCGGGGCGUCAGGUUAGAGGAACUUUCAUCUUCUAGACUAUGGUGGGAGGGUCCUGAAUUUCUUUGCAAUCCUAAUUUUUCAAUAGAUGAUCACAAAGGUCCAGAUUCAUUUAAAAUUCGUGAGUUACCCGAAGUUAAGUCGUGUGUCACCGCAGUCGUAGCUCAGGAUUCUUCUGAAUCGUCUUUAUUCCCGUUUCACCGGUUUUCUCAAUUUAAACGUAUGAGGCGUGCAGCGGCCUUUAUGUUGCGUUUCAUUCAUAACAGUCGAUAUAAAAACAACAGGUAUGUAGGCAGCCUUAGUGUUGAUGAACUACAUUUUGCUGAUAAGACAUUGGCUCGGUUAUGCCAAUUUGAAUCUUAUCCAGUUGAAUGUAAGGCAUUAUGCAAUAACGGGUCUAUUAAAAAUAAAAGUUGUUUAUCUAAAUUAAAUGUAUUUCUUGACGACUGCAAGAUCAUGCGUGUAGGUGGUCGUCUAGUUAAUUCUAAUGAAUUUAUUUAUGGUAAAAAACAUCCCAUUGUAAUUUCUAGUAAACAUUACUUUGCUACUUUGUUGUUUCGACAUGAGCACAUCCAGCUUUUACAUGCUGCUCCUCAGGCGUUACUCUUUCAUUUACGCGAAUCAUGGUGGCCUGUAGGAGGUAGGAACCUCGCUCGUCAGAUAGUACAUAACUGUGUCAUUUGUACGCGUAUCCGAGGCAAGACGCUUACGCCUAUGAUGGGCAACUUACCUGCGGCGCGAGUUACGCCUAGUCUGCCAUUCGUUAGGUGUGGGGUUGAUUACGCGGGGCCAGUGCUCAUCCUGAACCGCAAAGGUAAGGGUGCUAGACUUAUCAAAGGGUAUAUUUGUUUAUUUAUUUGUUUCGUUACACGCGCAGUACACCUGGAGUUAGUCAGUGACCUUUCCAGCGAAGCAUAUUUACUAACUUUAAAACGUUUUAUUUCACGUCGCGGUAAGCCUGCAGAAAUUUAUUCCGACAAUGGUCGUAACUUCGUAGGUAUAAUGAAUGAUUUUUCAAAAUUUUUAAAUAAUUGUAGUUCAGAUAUUUUAGAAUUUGCUCAAAGUCAAAACAUUAAAUUUCAUUUUAUUCCCCCUUAUUCUCCCCAUUUUGGUGGUCUGUGGGAGGCAGGAGUUAAGUCGAGUAAAUAUCAUUUACGUCGUGUGAUAGGUAAUGCUCACCUUACUUUCGAGGAAUACAGCACAGUACUAGCACAAAUAGAAGCCGUACUUAAUUCCCGACCUUUGUCUCCCCUCUCUCCUGAUCCUCAGGACCUUUCUCCGCUUACUCCAGGUCAUUUCCUUAUUGGCCGACCACUGGCUGCUCCGGCAUGCGAUGACCUGCGCGAUGUUCCUGCCAGUCGUCUCCAGCGGUACCAGAGGGUGGAGCAACUUCGCCAACACUUUUGGACUCGGUGGGCGAAAGAAUACAUCUCUGAGCUGCAGGUGCGGACCAAAUGGAGAGAGAAUAAGGAUGAGCUUCAACCAGGUUCCUUGGUGGUUAUCAAAGACAGUAACCUACCGCCGUUGAAGUGGCAGUUGGGACGUGUUCUGUGUACCGUCCCGGGAAAGGAUGGCAUAUCCCGUGUUGCCGACAUACAAACGUCCUCGGGCGUGCUGAGACGCGCAUUCACCAACAUUUGCCCUCUACUGCCGGAGGUGGACCGGGAUGCUGCGACUGAGGACUGUUGAAAGCCACUGCUUCCAAGGCCGGGGGCAUGUUCUGGCUUAACAUUCGUGUCGACCAAUCACCAGACUGCACUAACGAUGACGUCGUACGGUGGACCGCGAAUCGCGUUGCAUUUGUCGCCCGUAGUAUUUAAGUUCUAUGUUAAUUUUUUAUUCGGCCAUUACAUUCUUUGCUCUCACGCAA